UGCCUCUGUACUUUUGUGAAGACGUGUAGCUGGACAAUGAGGGUUGGUCUUGGUUUACUGCUAUUGGUACUCGGUCUGUGUGGGUCAGGAGCUCAUGGGGAGGGUGGAGGCCUCAGCAAGGUCAGUGAGAUCAGCCAGUUUCAGAAGACAGCUCCAAGAGAUGCAGAUGAGGAAUCGACCAAGCAGACCACAGAGCAAACCACCACUGACAUCUGGGCGGAGCUGAGGGCACUGAGAGACAUGGUAGUGGUGCUCACGGUGCGUGUGGAUAUGCUGCAGAGAGAGAAUUCUGACCAAGCCACAGCACUAAAUUCUUUGGGAACCAGACUGACCGCCACCGAGAGCAAAACAAGUGAUCUAGAAAGAAAGAAUGCCGACUUGCAGACCAGACUGAGUAGCACUGAGAGGGAACUUCUCCUUUCCAAGUCCAGGAUUGACCAGCUGGAGAGAGAAAAUGCAGUCCAAACCACAGAGCUGAGGUCGUUGGGAACUAGACUCACCGCCACCGAAAGUAAAACAAGUGACCUAGAAAAAAAGAAUUCAGACUUGCAGACCAGACUGAGUAGCAGUGAGAGGGAACUUCUUGUUAUCAAGUCCAGGAUUGACCAGCUGGAGACAGGAAUUGCAGAGAAACCAAAGGUGGCCUUUUACACAGCGUUGACUGAUACAGGAUAUGUUGGACCAUACAACACAGACACCACACUGAAAUACAGCAAGGUUUUCACCAACAUUGGCAAUGCUUACAAUCCAGCAACAGGUUUCUUCACAGCACCACUCAAUGGGGUCUACUCUUUCCAGUUCACUAUGUGUGGUCAUAAAGCAGGUUAUAUGGGUGUUUAUGUGUACAAGAACAACCAAAACAUUAUGUUUAAUUUGGAGCAUAAGAAAGAAGCAGCUUAUAGGUAUUUCACUAACUCAGUUGUUUUUAACCUGAGAGCAGGAGAUGAAAUCCACCUGGUUCUCCCAUCAGGCCAUUCUCUUUUUGACAGUGCAAAUAACCACAACACAUUCAGUGGCUCCCUUCUCUUCCCCCUGUAAGGAUGUUGUUUAGGCUGCUGUGUGAUUGACCCCUACACACCCCUUGUAAUUGACUACUCUGGGAUUCUUUAGAAAAUGCUGAUAAAUCUCAGCACCACUGCCUCCAAGACAAAUCUCCUAUUUUGUCUUCACAUGAAAAUAAUGUUCGAAUAAAUCAAAGAUUCAUUGAA